AUGGAGGGAGAUGCUCGCUUUAGACCAGUAGACAGAGGACGCAGACACAGACGAGCGGGCGCGCCGGCGACGAAGCUCUCGUGGUGCGCGUCACCGUUCCCCGCAGACGCCGCUUGGUACUACAUGGACGACGGACCACCGCCGGCAUACAACUACGGCGACGGCAACCGCGCGACGGCUCACGGCUACGCGUCCGGCGACCGGCACGUGCACGGCGACGGCAGAAUGCACGCGACGGCCGACGGCAGUCCGGCGAUCGUUCUGCGCAAGCUGCUGCUGCUGCUCGACUACCAGCAGUUCGACGACACGGCGCGUAUUCUGCACACGAUGCCGGAGCUAACGUUGAAGGCGGUCGUCACCGACCUGCCCGUCGACAUGCUCGUGCGGGGCAUCCCGCGCACGUUGCCGACGCUAGACGCUCUCUACACGCGCGUCUUCUUCAGCGCCGGCGUGCAGCGCUUCCCCUUCAACCUACUGAAGCCGGAAGCCAUCGUCAUGCAGCUGAUACGGCUAUUCGCGCACUACGAGGAGGCGAGCGUAAUGGCGAUCGGCUGGAGUCACGCAGACGUGUCGGCGUGCAAGAGCAUCCUGCAGGUGAUCGUGCAGGUCGACCCGAAGCUGAAGCGCAUCCUCUUCAAGCGCAAGCGGGCGCUCGAUCGCGCGCUCGAGGGACUCGGCAUACAUGGCAUGGUACUGACGGCUGACCACACGAAGCUGAUGAAUCUGCACGACGCACUGAAGCUCGAAUUUCAGGGCGCCAUCAAAAACUAUAAGCAGGUGCUGGGCAAGCUCGACGACUACAACCUCACGCACGCCACCCCGCGGCCGAAGUGCAUCAGCAACGGGCCGCCGCCGACGAAGUCCAGCCACCAGCGGCUGAUGAGUCUCACGCAGGGAGAGAUACACGAGCGCCUGCGCAAGAACCGCGAGGUGUGGGGCAGCGUCGAGCCGGUGCUGCACAGCAACCGCCUGCCGACGCUGCUAUCGCACCUCAACGAACGCAUCGAAGCCGACAAGGAAGCCCUGCUGCAGUUCUCGCAGCUGCGCAAGGAUGCCGGCGGCAGCAGCGGUGGCGGCAGCAGCGUCAUCGCGCCCAUCCUCAUGCAGUACGCGCGCGGCUUCGACCGCGUGUUGCUGAUGCUGCAGGAGGUCUGCGACGACAGCGUCUCCGGUUACCAUAGCGACUCGGACUCGGUCAUCAUGCCGCCAUCCCGAACUACGACGCGCAGCAAGCAGAGUUAUAGCCAGGGAAGUACGGACAACCUGAAAACAAUAGCUAGUGAUUCUGGUAGAGGACAGAGUGUAGAGAGCUGCACAAAGAAGGACGCUGUACAUGGCUUCACAGGCCAUCCGUCACGGAGCGCGGCCGGGAGCCCCGUCGGCAUCCCCAGCGCCACCUGUAGUACAACACAGACACUUAGCACACAGUUCAAGAGCGAGCUGACGUCACUUAAACAACAGAUCGAUUUUUUGAGAACUGAGCUGAGUAAAUCGAAAGACGUUAUAAUGCAGCUGCAAAACAAAGAAGAAUUAUUAGUCACAAGACUGACGGACCAAGCUAGGAAGAGGGUACUUGAUGAAAGCAAGGGCGACACGAAGAUCGAAGUACCAUCUCACCUUAUACGCCGCUACAGCAGUCUAUAUUUGCAGAAUCGGGUGAGUGCCCUUCACGCCCUUGACGCUCUACCAGAGAUGGACGAGUCCGAUGAUCUGAAAACCAAGCUCGUCUUCUCCGUUAUCGUGCUUUCGUUUAGGUCAGUGCGUGGAACGAUAGAGAAGAAGAAGGCCGCGUUGCGACAAAUACUCGGCCUGCCAGCCAACAGUCCGAAGCCCUCGCACGACACCGCGAUGACAGAGAUGCUGGAAAGCAUCGGCUUCUACAUGCGCAAGACCGUCGAUAAGUAUGACGUCCGACCAAACGUACAGGAGGUCUGCUCGCAACUGUACGCAACCCUGUACGACUUCCCGAGCCUGCCGACGUGCGAGAGUCUGACGUCGUACAUAGAGGAGUGCGUCGGCAUCGCAUGGGCGCUCUCCAACCAGAUACCAGCAUUCUCCAUCGAGUACGAAUCGUCGGUGUUUACUCCAGAGCUACACGAACGGCAUCAUACCUCCGACCAAUACUCGGAUCGAAUCCUGACGUAUCUAUGGCCGUCAUUGAUAGAAAACGAAAGAGGUCCCUGUGUGUACAAGGGUGUUGUAGUGACGUAGUUCCCACGUGCGACCAAGGCUGUGGUGGUGACGUAGUCUCCCUUUUGUGUAUAACGCUGUGGUGGUGACGUAGUCAUUUCACGUGUACAAGGUUAUGGCGGCGACAUAGUCGCCUCGUGUGUACAAGGCUGUGGAAGUGACGUAGUCCCCCUCAUGCGUACAAGGCUAUGAAAGUGACGUAGUCCCCCUCACGUGUACAAGGCUGUGGAAGUGACGUAGUCCCCCUCAUGCGUACAAGGCUGUGGAAGUGACGUAGUCCUCCUGACGUGUACAAAGAUGUGGAAGUGACGUAGUCCCCCUCAUGCGUACAAGGCUAUGGUGGUGACGUAAUGCCCUCGCGUGUACAAGGGUCUGGUGGGACGUAGUGACUUCGAAUGUUCAGAAAUUGAUUCGUAACAUCGACGCGUCUGUAUGUACAAGGAUGUGACGUAAACAGAUAUAUCCGCGUUACGGGAGUAUGCACGUUUACAACCCAGCGAGAGGGUUAUGUUCGUACAAUUAUGAUCUUACGUCGCGAUGUAAUGUUGAUGCCUCUCGUGAAAUCGAAACGCAAAGCAUAUACUUAUAAAUAAUAGAUAUGGCAGAAUGCGCACUAACUGACGACGUAUCGCAGUGUUAUUUACCACACGCUUGUGUGCUGGUUUCGUCGAUAUUUAUCCUGUCAUGAUAAAUCAAAACCGAUUCGGUUACAUGCGAUACAUCACGUUUCUACAAAUUAAAGUUGCUUAGGCCAAGAUGCGGUGACGGGUAAGCGCGUAUUCUCACCAGCAUGGGUUCGCUCGCGAAUGUAUGUCUAUGAUGGCAUAUGCAUUCAAUUAGCGAACGAUUUCCUCCCGCAUAACUCCGUGAAUACGAAUAAUAAGGCUUUAGUAUUAUAUCAAUAACACGCUAUCAAGCUUUAAUAGUAAAUUGACAUUGCCGUCUCCACUAUGCUGCCAAUGUAUACGUCCAACGAUGGUGUAUUUAUGAAAGUUAAUGCAGAACCUUAGAAUUCGUAUAAACUAGCGUGAUAGCGAUGGUGUGGCUGAUAGUGAUUCAAUUACUGGGCGAAUACAGAGUGUCUGUGAUAAACCUUUUCACUUAGACGCGCGCCCACACUCCAAACAGCGACCAGAAAUUUAGAUCACACUGCCGCCACUGGCAGGUAUGCACUUGUUCACGCGCAUAAUAAUGUAAUCACGUAUAAUCAUCAUGGAAGUGGAUGUCAGAACGAUGACAAAUGGCAAGAUCAGCCCUAGUUCUAAACUUUUAGCGUAAACGAUCGUCAGAAAGAAUUAAAACUGUAUAGUGACUACUGCAACAUUUAUCACAAUCACGGGAGUUUCCAUAACUUUGUUGUCACUCUGACAACAGUCCUCUUACGAGCGUGAGAUGUAUACCAGAAAGUACCGCCGAUUGGAGUGAGGUUUUAUUAACAGUAUACUGUGAGGUAAAUAAUACAAUGAAUACCCCUAUGUUAGUGUAUAUAUUAUAUAUAACAUCUUGAUAUUGAGAAACAUCGAUAUUAUUCUAUAUUUGCAUGUGACGAUGAAUAUUGUAACCAUGAUUACGGGGAAUAUUACAUAAAUUAAGCUAUUAAAUUUACCUACGUAACAAUAUAAUGUAUAAAAUAACUUUUAUUUAAA